GUGAGGGGCGGUGCUGGACACUUCCACCCGCAGGCCUGAGGAUGUGGAGCGGACUGAGGUGAGAGGAGGAGGCGGAGACGGACAGAGAUGAUGCCGCCCAGACGUGUUUGAUUUUGGGAGAUGAGAAGUCAAAGUGCGCUCAGCUCGGACCGGAGCGGAGGGACAGUAAGAGCGGGCAGGAGGACGCAGGAGGACAGACACACACAGACAGAGACACAGACAGAGACGGAGCUGAGGGAGGACGGCUCCUCGUCUCUCUGACACACCGAGGCUCGGGUGAGAAGUCGGGGCAGCUGCCUGACCCGGAGCCGGGGGGCAACAUGGUUGUGUCGCUGCGGAGCUGGGUCGCCAACGAGGGAGGGAAGCAUCUGAUCCUGAUGCUGUGGUUGGCAGCAAACACCUGGCUGUUCCUCAGGACCUUCCUGCUCUAUUCCACUGGACAUCAGUAUCACUACCUGUACGAGAUGCUCGGGCUCGGUCUGUGCAUCAGCAGGGCGUCUGCAUCCGUGCUGAACCUGAACUGCAGCUUGGUGCUGUUGCCCAUGUGUCGCUCACUGCUCACCUUUGUCCGAGGAACACACACGGUAUCGAGCAGAAAGACGCGCAGACUGCUGGACAAGAGCAAAACCUUUCAUGUGGCCUGUGGAGUCACCAUCUGCAUCUUCUCUGUUGUGCACGUUUCCGCCCACUUGGUGAACGUCAUGAACUUCAGUGUGAGGUACUCGGACGACUUUCCUGCUCUCAAUUUGGCUCGCCACAGAGGAGAGGAUCCCAAGCUGAUCAUCUUGACCACAAUCCCAGGAGUCACCGGCGUCCUGUUGGUUCUCAUCCUCUUCCUGAUGUUCAUGUCCUCCUCCUCCUGCGUACGGGUGUCCAACUAUGAGAUCUUCUGGUACACACACAACCUCUUCAUUGUCUUCUACAUCAUCCUCAUGGUGCACAUGGUCGGUGGAGCUCUGAAGUAUCAGACCAACAUUGAGGCCCACCCCCCUGGCUGCCUCCGAGCCAAUCAGAGCAACAUAGAGCAGCACGGCAAGGAGCUGGAGCAGGGUGAAGAUGAGGAGAGGAGAUGCAGAGAGGAGGCUCACUUCCAACCUCACUACCCCCAGACAUGGCUGUGGGUGUCCGGUCCUCUCUGUCUCUACUGUGCAGAGCGUUUCUACCGCUACAUCAGGGGCAGUGACCCCGUUACCGUGGUGACAGUCAUCAGGCAUCCCUGUGAUGUCAUUGAGUUGCGGAUGCUAAAGAAAAACUUCAAAGCUCGUCCUGGACAGUAUAUUCUUCUUAACUGUCCAGGUGUCUCUUCCUUUGAGAACCAUCCCUUCACCCUAACGACGUGUCCCACAGAGAACAAGAAAACUUUUGGCGUCCAUCUCCGAGUCUUGGGAGACUGGACUGAGCGGUUCACACAGCUGCUGCUCCCUCAACCGAGAGUAGACUUGGAGAUCCUUCCCAUGGUGCAACAGAGGCGAUACCCCAAGCUCUACGUGGACGGUCCAUUUGGAAGUCCAUCAGAGGAAGUGUUCAACUACGACGUCAGUGUGUGUGUUGCUGGCGGAAUCGGAGUCACGCCGUUUGCCUGCGUGCUGCACGCUCUGCUUGACGGCUGGGAGGGUUUCAGGUUGCAGAGGUUGUACUUUGUUUGGGUCUGCAGAGAGCUUCAGUCCUUCUACUGGUUUGCUGAGCUGCUGUGUGCCCUUCAUCACAAGCUUUGGCGGGAAAACCGACCAGACUACUUUAAUCUGAAACUGUACGUCAGUCAGACAGACAGUCUACAGAGUAUGUCUGAGGAGAAGUACCGCCCCCUCACCUCCAGGCUGCUGGUUGGACGACCCCGGUGGAAGCUGCUGUUUGAUGAGAUUGGGAGGUCCAAUAAGAAUAAGCGAGUGGGGGUUUUCUGCUGUGGACCGAGGGGCAUCUCCAGGACUCUGCACAAAUUAUGUAACUCAAGCCGAUCCUCUGGAACAAUCUUUGAAUUCAACAAGGAGUCAUUCAGCUGAUUGAACUUCAGAACAUUUUCCUUGGAGGAAAAAACAACAACUUUGGGAUGGAUUUUAUACAUUUAUAAAUAUACAAGUACAUUUCUGAAGAACUUUGGACAAUCAUGGUAACGUCAACAUUUUGUGCAUGUCCGAGAAAAGAAACAGACUGUAUUUAUAUUUCAAACGUCUCCUUGCCCGUGGUUACUUAAGGCCCAGGAGCAGAAGACCUUAGUACCAUGUAGCAUGAGCUCCUCUCUGCAGGCCAGAUAACCCCUGACCGAGCGCUCCACAAGCUUCUACUCCAGCCUCUGAUCCGAUCAAACCACUGAGACGAGCUGAAGGGAACGGCUCCUGAUGAUCUGUUUUUCUUCGUCUGCUGCUGGAUUUCAUCUUUUCCCCAUUGCACCCACUGUGGAGUAAAUCUGUUCACUCAUGUUGGAGUCUAAUCUGAGAAAAACACUGGCAAUUCUACGUCAACAAACACAUCCAGACUACAUGGAGUUCAUCAGGGGACAGAAAGACAAUUUUUUAUCCAAAGAAAUAGUUACAAAACCAAAGGAGUGGAACCACUAGGACAAAUCAAUUAUGCAGAAAACUAGUGCCGGAUUUAGUUUUACGAUCAACCUCAUUCAACAUGCACUUAAAAAUACCAACUCGCUCCGAAGCAGCUCUACUUACCAAAGACCUCAGGCUAUAGAGAGACAUUUUAAUACAGACACAAGCUGUUAUGUCAAAAUCCAAAAGACUGGGCAUUACUAACUGAGACCAUAAGGAUAUGUUUUUUUUUUUAUUAGCAUUGAAAGCUCCCAUGAGUCUUACUCUUUGAAAUAUACCUCUCACCAUGAGAGGUAUAUUUGAUGACAGAUCCUUGAAUAUGGACAGAAAACCAUGUAAUGUUAUUCAUGUGAUAACAAAAGCUCUGAGAAUAUAUGGGAGUUCUGUGUGUGUCCCUCUCAUGGAGCAGGAUUUGUAGUUUUAGACAGAGACAAGUAUCCGACUGGUGAAUAACACAUCAGGGUCUGAGAUUAGAGAAGUGCAAACUAAGCACAAACAGCCGAUACAUGAUAAAGUCUUUGUUUUUAUCCUGUUUGAUUUGCUGUUGUACAAAAGCAACUACAACAACUACACCUCAAGCCAGUACUUUAAGUUAGUUACUUUUUUCAAAUUUAUUUAUAUUUCUUAAAAGUUAUUUUACAUUUUGUGAAAAUCUUCUGUCGGACGUUUUCUCCACAAAAUAGUGUCACAUAUCCAAAGGGAGUAUGGAUAAAAAGAAAUUUUGAAAUUUGACUUCCAUUUGUUAACGAUUAAAAGGUUUUACGAAUAGAUAUAGUAACUUGUUAUGUUAAAGGAGUCAAUACUUCAGAUUUUUUUACCGAAAGAAAAUAUCCUCAAUAUGUAACUAGCUACCAUAUUCAGCAUUUUAAAUCAAAAUGUUUUUAGAUGUUAAAGUGUGUGUCUAUUUUCAGGAUUGUCCAAUUUUUUUAAGAACAAGCUCAAAUCAGAAAUAAAAGAUUUUCUAUUUAUUACAUUUUGAUUAUUUGUACAUAGUUAAUUAAUUACUACUGCUGAUCCUGUUUAUGUUAUUAUUACAAAUAUUAAAUUCAGAGGCACAGGCAUAUUAUUAAGAAACAAUGAUCUUCUGACAAUAAAGAAAAGUUUACUGUUAAGUCUCUAGCUAACUGAGCUAUCGCUAAAUUUAUGAAACUAAAUGAAAGAAGAAAACUAGUUUUUAUUUAAAGUUGCCAGAAAACAUGAUGUUUGACAAACCAAAACAACAGAGUGAACAUUUCUGCAAAACCAACAAAUGAAAAAAUUCACAGAGGAAACUUGGAUCAAGUCUGAUUUUAAUGCAGCACGUACAAAAUCAUGAUUCAUCUUCAUUAUCAUGAUACAUAUUGUGAGUCUGCUGCGCUCCUUUAGCACCAGUGCUAACAUACGAGGGUGUGGUGUUGUUGGUUUGGUCAGUUUUUUUUUGUUUGAAUUUGCACUGAAAGACAUAAACUGAUUCAAAGUAUGGAAAUCUGUACGGAUGGAUGUACUUGGCAUAUCUGACCAAUACAUUUCUAACCAGAGAGAUAAACAGAAGUGCUUUCAUUGUUUGAUUCACAAUUCCUCUAUUCACUUUAAAACAAUGUAUUUUUCUUUAGAAAGAGGAAGCCUCAUUUGUGACAGUUUUUUUUGCGGACUCAGAUUUCAGGCUUGGUCACAGAUACAUGAAUGUAAAGCGAAUAUCAUGGGUCAAACGUUUUAUUCACCCCCUAAGUGAACAGGAGAUUAAGGUUCAUUACUGAAACACUCUUGUACAUGUGACCGGGACUUAAUCUGGAUGAAGCAAUAAAUAAUGUGCCUUCAACAACUGCUUUCAGCAGACAUGACCUGGCUUUAAGUGCAUAUUUAUCAGUUCAGCUUUACUGUCAACUGAAUCUCAAUGAUUUACAGUAACAUACAAUAAAUUACAUGAAAUGUGUCUCUGGUCAGGUCAAUGAGGGAAGUCAAGUUGCCAAGGACAGAAUAAGAUCACUUCAUUUUUUUUUUCUGAUCGAACUUCAGCUGCUGUCAUCGGCUGCAGAGUGGCCUCUGUAAACAGGCAAUAAAUAUCCCUCGAGGUGUUUCACCCACACAGUGCAGUGUACUGAGGUGUUGCAUUGUGGUAAUGAUCACUUGAUGGCUCGGAAGGUCUGUGACUUUGUAAGUUUGUGUCACACAGAGAUGUUUCUUACAUGAUAUGUACUGAAUGUGUAAAAUAUCAGGGACAUCUGAAGGAUUUUGCUCCUUGUCUCAAACGGGUCAGUUCACCCAAAUCUCUUCUGUUCUCUUCUGUUCUCUUCUGUUCUCUUCUGUCUCUUUUGCAUAAAGAAAUUAAAAGAAACCUUGGAAAAUAAA